GUCGCCGGUUCCAAGAAGUGGCCGCUGCGCCAGCCGCGCAAAAGCGCCGCUUCUCUGCUCGGUGCGCUCUGCAGGGGGCGGGAGCGGGUAGUUGCGCUCCUGCCCGGCGCCGAUCCGCGAGGAGGGGGAGCCGCUCUUGGGCCGCCGGGCUGCGCGCCUCGCUCUCCGCUCCCGGGGCAGAUCUCCGCCCUUUGGUGUGCGCCCCAGCCGGGCUGCGCGAGUCCCGCUCCCGCGACCUCCGGGCUUGGCGCUGUGGCCGCUCCUCGCCGCGGCGUCCCCUCCUCUCCUGGCCAGCUCCUUGGAUUGCCAAGUCCGCCUUCGCCGCUGAACUUGCGCAAACUUCGAGCGGGGGUCGCCGUCGGAGCGCGCUCCUGAGCCCGAUGGAUCCCUCCGGCCGCUCUUGGUGCCGCUGCUGCCGGCUGGCUUGGCUCCUCUUGGCUUGUUGCGUCGGACCCUUCGCGGCAGCCAGGAGGAACAUUCCCAGGAGUCAAGAUAGGUUGGGGCCUCCUUUGGAUAUAAUACUGGACUCUCUGAAUUGCACAGCAUUCAGUGUACAAUGGAGAAUGCCUCAGCAGCAUGCAAGCAUCAUCUCGGGCUACACUGUAUACUACUCAGAGGUCAAGGCUGAUAAACCAAUUAAACAGCAGUCGCAUGAUGUGCCUCUUAGUCUGGACAUGCUCAGUUCAGGACAACUUGAUGGGCAAGCAAUUUUUGAAGUUGUCAUUGGAGAUUUGAAGCCAGGAACGCUCUUCCGCGUGAGCGUCGGAGCUUACGGCUGGACUGGAAAAGGCCGGCCCAGCAUGCCUAGAGAUAUAACAACUCUAUCACAAGAUAAAUGUAUGCCUCCUGAUCCACCUUUCCAACCCCAAGUCAUUGUUGUUUCCGAUUCAGAAGUUGCCCUGUCAUGGAAACCAGGACCCAGCGAAGGAAGUUCCCCAAUUCAGUACUACACAGUGGCAUUUAUGAGGCCUGAGCUUGACACCAACUGGACUGUAAUUAGAGAGCAGAUCCAGAUGGACUCCAUGGUUCUGAAGGGGCUGACUCCAAAGCACCAAUACCAGUUUGCAGUCCAAGCUACAAAUUUGUAUGGAUCCAGUCUGCCUAGCCCUCCCAGCGAUACUAUCAGGAUGCUCAACCCAGAGGAAUUAGGGAGCGGAAGCUACGGGCAGCAAUAUAUCACAGACUCUGGCACUGGGGACGAUGAUGGAAUUGAUAUUGAUGAUUCAGACUAUGACAUUUACAUUGACGAGCUCAAACCACUUCCUGCUAUCAAAGGAGGUAACAGGAAGUUUUUAGUUGAAACUAAGAUCCUGGAAAGGUCUAAUCCAAGGCUCCUUUCUAGGCUGCUUUCAAGUCCUUCAUAUCCUGCUACAUCCACUGUAACCACAACACGCCCACCACCUACUACAACCAGCACCACGACCACUGUCACUGCAAAGACCACCAGGAAGAUCACUGUUGCUUCAUUAGUGAGACAGUUCGAUCAGCCCUGUGACGAAACCUUCUGCUCUACAGACAGCUUUUGCGUCAAUGACUAUGAGAGAAGUGGUUCCCGUUGCCACUGCAACCUCGGCAAAGGAGGGGAGACCUGCACAGAAGAUGUGAAUAUCCAGUAUCCUCAGUUUUUUGGCUACUCGUAUAUUACCUUUGAACCUCUGAAAAAUUCGUACCAGACAUUCCAGAUUUCUGUUGAAUUUAGGUCUGAAGCGGAGGAUGGCCUGCUCCUCUACUGCGGAGAGAAUGAGCACGGGCGUGGGGACUUCAUGUCAGUGGCAAUCAUCAGACGGAACGUUCAGUUCAGGUUCAACUGUGGUACAGGAAUUGCAAUAAUCACAAGCGAGAACAAGAUUAAGGUGGGGAACUGGCACAGAGUGACGGUGUUCAGAGAUGGAUCGAAUGGCUGGCUGAAGCUGGAUACAAACCCUCCAGUUUCUGGUAAAUCCCAGGGUCUAUAUAGCAAGAUUACUUUCCGGACUCCUUUCUAUCUUGGAGGUGCUCCAACUGCCUACUGGCUGGUGAGGUCUACAGGAAUCAACAGGGGCUACCAAGGCUGUGUUCAGUCACUCAAUAUCAAUGGGAAGGCCAUCGACAUGCGGCCCUGGCCGUUGGGCAAAGCUCUUAGUGGGGCAGAUGUAGGUGAAUGCAGCAGCGGAAUUUGCGAUGAGGCCUCUUGCAUUAAUGGCGGCACCUGCACAGCGAGCAAAGCGGAUCGAUACAUCUGUCUUUGCCCGCUCGGGUUUAAAGGUCGACACUGUGAAGAAGCUUUCACCCUUGCCAUACCUCACUUCAACGAGACCUUGAAAUCCUUUGCUACAACUCCUUGGCCAUUAGAGCCACAUAACUAUCUUUCCUUCAUGGAGUUUGAGUUGACAUUUCGUCCAGCUUCAGCCAACGGUGUGCUUUUGUACAGCUACGACACGGGGAGCAAAGACUUCCUGUCCAUUAUCAUGGUGGACAGCUUUGUGGAAUUCAGGUUUGACUGUGGUUCAGGCACUGCUGUAAUCAGGGGUGAAGAACCUGUUAUUUUGAACCAGUGGCAUGAGCUGAAAGUGUCCCGCACAGCCAAAAAUGGCAUCUUGCAGGUUGAUCAGCAAAGACCAGUCGAAGGAAUGGCUGAGGGAGCUUUCACACAGAUUAAGUGCAAUCCUGACAUAUUCAUUGGUGGAGUAUCGAAUUAUGAUAACGUGAAAAAGAACUCAGGAGUCCUCAAACCGUUCUCUGGGAGUAUCCAAAAGAUUAUUCUGAAUGACCGGGUGAUAGACAUGAAGCAGGACUUCACAUCUGGAGUCAAUCUGGACAAUGCUCUCCAUCCUUGCGUUUACGCCCCCUGUGUCAACGGGGGAUCCUGUGUGCCCAAGAAGGACAGCUACGACUGUGAUUGCCCCUUGGGUUUUGAUGGGCAGAACUGCCAGAAAGGUAUCACAUUUUCAUUGCCCCAUCCAGUCUUGUACGACUUAUUAAUAUUUUCCUGUCCACUAAACAGAGUGUCAGGAUCAAGGACAAAUGUGUUCAUGAGGUUCAAGACAUCACUGAUGGAUGGCCUACUGAUGUGGCGGGGAGACAGUCCUAUGAGGCCCAACAGUGACUUCAUCUCAUUAGGUCUUCAAGAUGGUACCUUGGUCUUCAGGUAUAAUCUGGGCAGUGGUGUUGCUUCCAUAAUGGUGAACGGCUCUUUCAAUGACGGCCGAUGGCACAGAGUAAAGGCAGUUCGAGAUGGACAGUCUGGGAAAGUCACGGUGGAUGAUUAUGGAGCUAGGACUGGCAAAUCACCAGGAAUGAUGAGACAAUUGAACAUCAAUGGAGACUUGUACAUUGGUGGAAUGAAGGAGAUUGCACUAUAUACAAACAGGCAAUACAUGAGAGGCCUGGUGGGCUGCAUUUCCCACUUCACCCUUUCUACCGAUUAUCAUAUUUCGCUGGUUGAAGAUGCAGCCGACGGGAAGAACAUUAACACUUGCGGGACAAAGUAAGAGCUGGAGAACCUUCGCGUGGAAGAGCUUGCCUGACAUGCACUCUGCCAACCACAAUCGAAACGACUGUUUGUGCACACCGAGAACUAUUUUGAAUGGGUCUGGAGGCAGAGCAAAAAUAACACAACCCCCCUCCCCCCAUUCCAAACUGAAACAAAAUCCUUAAAAUGUUCCACUCUCCUUCCAAAAGGAAAAAGGUGGGAUGCUGUGCUGUCUCAGUCAAAACGCUUUGGGCCAGGACUGUCCUCCUUCGUUGCUACAGACUUAGAAUGUAAUUCCGCAAGCCCCAGUGGACUUGGAUGGGACUGGUGUUGUUGUUUUGUUGCUCGGUCCAUGCACAAGCCUUCACCUUUCCCAGACCUACAGCCAUGCAUACCUGACAAACUACCUGCACAUGCAACUGGCCAGCACACAAGGGGACAGCAGGCAUUCGAGCGACAAAAGAUGCACAUUCCCUGGCUUUGGAGAGAUGGCUUCAGUGACCAUGAGCAGCCCCUGCUUGGUUUCCUUUCUUCAGUUCAAGGCAAGCUGUAAGGGGGUAGUUUUUUUGUGCGACUGCCUUGAUGUCCACCAGGUGCCCGGUGCCCCUUCCAAAGUCAACAUUGGGUCCCAAGUUGGCCUGGAACAGUAGUAGCAAUACUUACUGUGACGUUCUUGACUGUACAAUAUCACGAGAAGGCAGGUUCUCUCAGCAACUGGGAUGGAAACAGCACAAUCUCUUCUGUUUUGAAGGCGAAUAGAUACCACCACCACCCGGUCUGCACUAAAACCAUAUCCUCUGCAUCAACUGCUGCUCCCUCCCCAUUUGAACCUCAUUGGAGAAAAGGAAACAAGGACCAAAAAGUUUCUGGACUGCUGUACUCAAUCCUUUCGUAUGUUUGGAUAUUUCCUCAAGAGCAAGCAGAGCAUACCUCCCCAAGAGCCCCACGUUGAAAUCGUCACAUGCUGAAAACUGACAAGUCAUGGAGAAAGGGUGCAGCGUUCACACCUAGCUUUAUUCUAAUAGAGGGAAGACUUCAUUCAUGCAGUGCCCCUUCCUGUCACAAUGGUAGAAUCUAGGAACAGUUUUAACCAGGUACCCUGCUGGUUUUGCUUGAUCUUCUCUCCUAGCACAACAAGCACUUCUGGUGAGAAGAGUUAUUGCCCUGUAUUUUUCCAGACAGAACUGAGUAAAUUGAGAAGAGCUGAUAUUCUGCAAUAGGGUUGAGGCUUUGAAUAUCCACCUGUUGGUCAGUAGAGACUGCGCCUCAGUCCAGUGUCCCAAGGACGACACAGCAAGUGAUUAGCUGCAUAUCUGCCAAAUGAUGCACCCAGAACAUCUUUGGAACCAUAGAAGGAGUAUUCAAAACACUUGGAACUUUUCUAGCAUGUAAUGUCACGACGACUACUAUUGGGCAAUCUUAGUGGCAUAUUAUGGAAGCGCUGUAUUUAUGCAUUCAUUUUCCUAUUCCAGACAUCGUUUGAAUUUACUGAGGAGGAAAAAAAAUAUAUAUUUCCAGCUCCAUUCUGCCCAAUGUAAAUAGCCAUCAAAAGUUAACUCCUUUGCAGAUUCUGCUGUGUGCUGAAAAAGACCGUACUUAACUAAUUACAAAAGUUUACUUUUUUAUGCAAUGAAAAUCAAUAACCACCUUUUGUAGCAGUAAUUUUCUACCCAUAUAUUUUUAUAUAGCAGCAGCUACAAACUUGAUUGGUUAGCAUAAUUUUGUAAAUGGAUUAGGUGUCUUGCUGUCACUGUUUAGCACACUUCAUGGCUAAGAGGAAGAAAGCGGAGAUGUUCAUUGGACUAUGGAACAUAAAAGUUUAAUGUGUACUCACGAUAGUUUCAGUGGAAAUGUCUGUAAAAUAGAAAUGGUUUCACCUUUUUUGUAAAUUUAGACAGUUCACUAUGUAUAUUAACAUGGCUUUUCAGCUUUAAAAGGUAUUGCAAAGACGUUAAAAACUGUUCUACUACGA